UUGACAUAUUUUGGUGUUCCCUAUCUGACAUCUGUAUUUCUAAAAUCUAACCUUAAAAUUCAUAACUAAAAACAUCACUUGUGAAAUAUUUACUGAAAAUGUCUAAUAGUAAUUUAUUCUUGAAGUCUGGUUUUGUUAGAGCACCACUUCAAAAUGGUGUGGGCCGUUACGUAUGUCAAUUACAACGAAUUGUGCUGAAAUUUUGUAAAAGUCAUGGAGGCAGCCGCGGUAUUAGAGAUUUCAUAGAACAAGAUCUGGUUGACUUCGCAAAACAGAACCCUGGUGUGGUGGUAUACCUUAAGCCUCGCAGACACAGAUCGCCAGUGGUUGUCGCUGAAUAUUUAAAUGGUGACAGGGUAUGGAUGAGUGUGCACCAAAAAACUCAUUCAGAGAUAACGAAGUGGAUCGAAAACCUUCGCACUCAGCAAGGAGACGUAGCGGCUACGAGACUGCGAAAAUACCAGUACACAAACUACCCUUCCAUCCAGGGGCCCUGGACCCCAUUCACAUUCAAGGAUCCCGAAUUGAACAUAGCAACUUUGCCGGACCCUAAGUUUGGUGCCAACAACAGACUGCCUUUAACUGCAACAGAGCAAUUGAGGUUGAUGUUUGAAAAACAGAAUCUGAAAGAUGUAGAAACGGCUGAAUAGAUUUUAUAGUGUUUAUUGUAGGGUGUAGCUUAGGAUAUAAAAUUGUGAAUAUUGUUUUAUUUCAUUUUAGCUGUAUAGAAAUUAAAAUGA